AUGCGAGAGCCCCGUCGGCGGAGCCCCGAGAGCUCUCGCCGCCGACGCGCCGAGCGGAGGCAUUCCAGGGGCCAGCUCGCAGCCGCUGAUGCUGCUAUUGCCGCCGCCGCCGCCGGUCCUUCGCCGAUGCCAUUACAUUCGUCGCAGUCGCAACAAGGCCGCGCACGAUCCGAUUCGAGCACCUCGUCGUCGUCGUCUACGUCGUCCUCCCUCGUCAACAUCUCACGCAAGAGCCGCUUCGGCAUACGCGCCUUCUUCGCCUCGUCGUCUGUCAAGAAGGUCAAGAAGCGCCGGUCCUUUCGCAAGAAGAACUCUUCGUCCUCGUCGCUCGACAGUGACCUGGCCUAUGGCGCCGGCUACAUAUCCAGAUCCUCGUUUGAAGGGAAGCAGCCAGCUCACCAGCAGCAUCAUCAACACCAGCCACAACCCCAUGCGCAUACCGUAUCCCAUUACCACCAACAGCACGUCGCGCACGACGAGCCCCUGGUCGGGCCUGAUGGCCGGCCCGCACUGAGAAGGGCACAGACAGACGAAGAGAUUAUUGCCCUCGGCCGCAAGCUCUCGGACCUGGCACGAGCCGAAAAUCUCCGAGACCUCGAGCGCGCAGGCAAGAAGCGCCCGUCCCGCGUCGCCGGCGCGGCCGCGGCCCUUUCCGAGUUUCGUCGCCAAACUUCGCACGGACACAGUGGGCCCCGUGGCAUCGGCUCGUCCAAACCUCUCGGCAGCGGGUCGGGUAGUGGCUCGGGCGACGAUUCCGACGACUGGGAGUCGGCUUCAGACUCGGACUCGGACUCCAGCGAGGGUGACUCGGCUCUGGCCUACGGCUCCAUGCCCAAAUUGUCGGACCCGCAUCUUCCCAUUUCUGCCGUCGCUGCCGCCGGCAUUGUGGGUGCUGGCGUUGCUGCUGCGUCGCACUACCAGCCCAGCGGACCCCCGACCAUCAUCGCACAACGCCCGCCCGAAUCCAUCCGGCCCCCGGACCGCAAGAGCUCCGCUGUCGACCCGGCACUGUUCGGCCCCGUCAACUCCCUGCGCGGCUUUGUGAACACCCCAUGCGGUUACCGUCCCGGCGAGUACCCGCGCCCAUCGCAAUCGCAGAUCCAGAUGCAUCCGUCACCGCCGCAACCGCUGCCACGUCUUGACGAGUCUAUUCCGCAACAGCCCAGCAGCGCUUCCAUCGAGGCCAGACCGAUGCAGCAUGUCUAUCCCGUCCCGAUGACCGACACCUCGCGCUUCGAACCCGCUACUACGGGUCAGAAUCGGUCGGGCGUGUCCGUCCCGAUUGGCGCUGCAGCAGUUGGGUUGGUGUCAGCAGCUCCAGCCACGCCGACGCGCCGGAGGGGCGACUUUGCUUAUGAUCCUGCGCAACCUCCAGCUGCCCACUACUCGCCUGCACAUGCGCGUCCCGAACCCAUCCCAAUCCAGGCUCCGAAGCCUAGAGUGCCUGUCUCCCCGCGCCUGAUUGGCGACGUUCUCGAACAGGACCAGCUGCUCCAACAACAAGGCAGUCCGCGCCGAUCGAGAAAGUCACGCGAAGACAGAAGCGUGCUGGAUAAUGUCGCAGCUGGCGCGCUGCCGGCUGUGGCUGGCGCUGCGGCCACUGCUGCCCUGGCUUCUGCCAUUAGUGACAGAAGAAAUGAGAAGGGCUACGAUAAGCGGGAGAAGGGGGCUUACAGACCUGAUGACAUACCUCGGGAGAAGAGAGAAGACCGGCCGCUCGAGAGGCGGGAUUACCGACAGGUGUACGACGACAGCCAGUCUCGCCAAAAGCAUGACCGAAAGACCGUCAUUGAGGCCGAUGUCUUUGGAGGCUCACCCUCUGUCGCCGGACAGUCGGCUUCACGUUCGGAGCGCCCGGAUCGACGGGAUGGCAGGCGCGGAGAUAAACGCGACCCUGAUUAUGAUCGGCGACGGCACACGCGCGACGAGCCAACCUACGGGCGUCGAGAUGGCCAGCGCGACCUAGAGGACCGCCCCCCUCACACCACCUCCGACACUAAGAGCAACGUCGAGACUGUAGCCUCGGCAAUUGCGCCUGCUCUUGUUGCCGCGGCAGGUGCAGCUGUGCUAUCAGACCUCAAGGGACACCCUGAGCUAGAUGAGCUCCGCGAGAAGGAGGCCCGCGUCCGUGGGGAACGCCUGCGCUAUGAGGCCGAAGCCGAGCGCCACCGCCAAGCGCGCGAGCAUCGUGAAAACGAGGUCCGCCUUCUUCGCGACCAAGAGGAUGAGCGCCGUCACGGGCGAGGGAUUCCUGGUGAAAAGCAGCGUCAGACUCGCUACGGUGAGGAGCGUCGCACGGAAGAUCAGCCCGAGCGUGCCGAGCGGGACCGUCUUGUCAGGGAUGCCGAGAAGCAGCGCGAACACGAUGGGAAGCGGCAGAUUGAGUUACGCGACGACAAACCUCGUGAUGACAAAGAGCAAAGCCGCGGCGCUGAGGAAUGGCGUCGCUUGAGGGGCUCGGUCAGCGUUGUUGCUAAGCCGGAAACAUCCUCUGCCAGCGAAGAGGCAGCCCAACGACUUGAAGGGGAGAACGCGCAGCCAGACUCGGACCCUGCAGCAGCGAAGCAGAGCCGCGAAGCGAGGCGUGCCAAGCGUGAGAAGACCCUUCAACUGCUCCAUGAGGUUCAACGGCAGAUCGAGAUUGAGAAGGAGAAAGAGCGGAGACUCGAAGAACUCAGAAAAAGGGCUCUGGGUGAAGAUCAUGACUCUGAACCCUCUGGCAGUAACAAAAAGGAUGCGCCGAUCGACCCCUUCCAGUUCCAGGUUCCAGAUGAUGCUUUUCAAACCCCGGUCUACAGCACCCCGAAUCGGCCUCUUACCCCACAGAUCUAUACCGUCGAGCGUGAGCCUUCUUGGGCUGGUUUAGAUGACGAUGAACCGAUUGAGGAGCGGGGAAGACAGCCCCGCCGUCGCAGCUCCUUGGAGAAUGAGUUGCGUGAUGCCCAGGAGAUUGGAGAAGAGGCCAGCCAUUCUACCAUCCCCGUCCAGGCUGGAGCUAUCGCUGGUGCUAUCUCGGUAGUCAAGAGUGAGCACGAACGUUCCCGGUCUCGAGCACGCGAGCCUCCGAGAAGCAGAGACCAUGAACCGGUGCGGGACCCCGUGCAGAAGGCGGCGGAUGAAUACUACCGCAAGAAGAAGAUUGCCGAAAAGAUUGCCGAGGAAGAGAUUCGCUCCCGCAGUGCCUCUCCGUCGCCUUCGGUCGUGGACAAGUAUGACGAAGUCGAGGAGCCGAUUGUUCGCAUCGUUACACCGCCCGAGAUGAAGCGCGCCUCCAAGAGCAAGUAUGAUGGGCCAAACGCCGAUGUCCGCAUCGAUAAUGUCAUCAUGCCACAUGACUUGCACAAGUACCAGGCUCCUCCUGCCGCCGCCUCAGGUCUUGGGUCCGGGAUGGUGCCCGUCUUCAAGUCGAGAGACCCAUCGUGUGAGCGUGAGAGGCCAAUGCUCAUCCUCGUCCUACCGACCCCGAGCGUGUCCCCGACCCUUGAGAGAAUGAAGGCCAAACAGGCUGCUGCUGUUGCCGCCGCUAACGAGCCAUCCUCGGAAGAGGAAGCCAAGGGAAAAGGGGAGCGCAAGCCGAAAGUCAUUAUUGGCGCGCGGGGCGAGGUGAUUGAGGCUCCGCACGAUUAUGACACCGGGCGAGUGCAAGAGUCAGAAAGUCGCGAUUCAUCCCAAGAAAGGCCUCCUUUGAAGUUCAAAUUCGGCGGCGCGAAAAAGAAGAAUACCUGGAGCAUGAUCGCUGCUGCCGUUGCGGGGGCGAGUGUAGCGGCCAAGGCGAAGGAAGAGAAACCUGCCGAGACUGCAAAGACUGCCGUGGGUGAGGGCAGCGGCGACGCAGAGCAACCACGGAAUGCCGAGCCGACACAUGAAUCAAAGCCGGAGGUGCAGGUAGCGUCAAAGCCUGAGAUAGGUGCGGCAGUUGUUCUGGAAGCCAAGUCAACGCCUGAACUCCUUCCGGAGCCUGCGGCUGAGACUACCCGGGACAUUGUUCCUGAACCAGCACAAGGCCAAGUCAACCGGGAGCCUGAGCCCAUGUCAGGGCCGCAGCCGGAAUCGAAACCAACGGUACCGUCCUCACCUUCCCGAAGAUCGAUUGCUCUUGACUUGGAUGAUGAGCCGCCUCAGGUUGGCCCGAAACCACCGAGCCCAAGAACAACCAAGAUGCCGGGUGCCUUCGGGGAUGAUCUCGAUUUUCCAGCUACCCUCGCUGCCGGUCUGGCGAGCACCGGAUUCGACCCCAACAUGGUCAUUGACGAUCCUACCUACCGGAGGCGAGACUCACCUCCUGGCUCGAACGAACCGUAUUACGUGCCUCCCUCUGCCGAGACCGUGACAGAUCUUGGACUUGCUGAACCUGAACCCACUCCUGUCAUGGUCACCGCGGAGCCACCUCGGGAACUGCCCGAACAAAGAUCUCCUAUGGGCGACUGGGAGACGAGUUUCCCGUCAAGUAGGAAAGGCCGUCGAAAGCGUCAGAGUGUUGAUGUUGACGUGCUCCCUGAAGCCGAGCCUCACGCUGUCGAGGAACACAGGUCUGCAGGUCCGACAGAGACUGGUCAGGAUAGAAGAGAUGAGCGCGCUGAGCGGCCUGUAUCAAUUGAUACCGAGAAGACAGUCUCCACUGCUGACGUCUUCGAGGUUGAAAAGGACGACCCAUUCGUCGUCGAUGCCGACGAGGAGUCGACGAAGAGCUCCAAGAAAGCCAAGCGCAAGUCCAAACGCGACUCGGCCUCAAAUGAGUCCACGACGUAUUCGACGCCUUCGUCUGAAGUGUCUAUUGCUAGCUCAAGCAGCAGGAAGAGCAAGAAGAACCGCCGCAAGAGCGUCAAGGACGACAACAAUAUACCGGAACAAGAUGAACCACCGGAUCGACCUGGGGACUCGUUCCAGUUCAUCGAACGGGAAGUAAGCUCGGUGGUAUCUGACCCCAUUGGCAAGCGCAGCGGCGAUCACACUAAGCAUGGUGAGGAGACAAAAUCGGUAGUGUCCCUCCCAACCAACGGUACCAACGGGCACAAGGAGAGCUCAAUCACAGAAAACGGAGACAAGGGCAAUUCUUUUUUAGGUAAUGCCGGCACCUUUGGCGCAGGUGCCGGCUUAGCGGGAGCUGCAGCUGCCAUCGCGGCUCAGUUUUCUCGCCCAAAUGCCGCCCAGGAUUUUGUUGGGGAGGAGCCUCUCCGACUAGAGCGCAGCGUCAGCUACAGCUCGCAGAUCAUCGACCCGGAAAUCAUUCCGCGCGAGAUCAAACCAGCUAUUGAUCCUCAAUAUGGCGACUUGCUCCCACUUCCUCCCAGCGAACCUGGUUCACCCAGUUUUGACCUCGAAGAAGAAUUCCCCCCUCUACCUGAGAGCCGCCCGGACACUCCUCCGGAAAGCCGCAGCCGCCGAGCUACCAUGACACAUACUCGACGCCGCAGCGCGUUUGAGACACCUAUCAAGACACCUAGCCGCACCGCCGUCCCUGUCCAGUUUCUAAUCGGCCGUGGCUCGGUGCCGUCUUCUCCUGCCUUCAGAUCUUCUCCCCUACAGUCGCCUGUCGCGCCAGCCCCUGAAACUCCCCUAAAGAAUCGCACGCGCCGACCCACUUCUUGGGAAGGCCGGGAAAUCAGGCCGCUCUAUCUCAUCGAGAAAGCCGGCUCAAGCGCACAUCAUGCCGAGGAGCCCCAGGUCUACCCCGAGCUUCCGCCGAGUGAGCCGCCCUCGCGUGAGUCUCCAGGUCCAGAGUUCGACUCCAGAGAGACCGACGUGGAUUAUCUCAGCCGUGGGGUUACUACGAGCACCGCUCUGCUAGAUCUCCACCUCGAUACUGCCCUCACAAGUCAAGACUGCUUCGGUGAACCGCUUGGGUCCGGGGAAACCACGCCGAGGGCUUUUGUUCCCGCACCCGAAGACGCUUCCCCCUUUGCGGCGUUGCAAGAAGCCACCCUGCCGCAAUCCCUUGAGCUGGACAGUGAACCUCUGGACGAGUGGCAGUUGGUUGAGGACUUGGAGGUCCUGCCGCCGCUCCCUGACAGCCCGCCUGAGUCGCCUACGGUUGCAGAGGUUCCCGCGGCUGUUGGUUUGGUUGAACAUGAUGAGCUGGAGCAUCUGCCGCCUCUUCCAGAGAGCCGUCCUGUGUCACCUGUCCAAGUGGAAGUGGCUCCUGCUGCCAUUCAAGCACCCGUCGUUGAUGAGCUGGAGCAUCUGCCGCCUCUUCCAGACAGCCGUCCUGCUUCACCUGUCCAAGCCGAAGUGGCUCCUGCUGCCAUUCAAUUACCCCUCGUUGAUGAGCUGGAGCACUUGCCCCCUCUUCCAGACAGCCGUCCUGCUUCACCUGUCCAAGUCGAAGUGGCUCCGGUUGUUGCACUCGACUCCUCUUCAGGUUGUAUUGAUGCUGGCCGAAAUAUACCCUUGCAACAUUAUGAACUUGACCUAGACUUGGAGACACUACCUCCGCUUCCGGAAAGUCGCCCUUCCUCCCCUAUCGAGGGAGCUACACCUCGGAGUACGGACGUCGAGCUGCUUUCGGCUACUUUAUACCCGGCCGGUCCUGAGAGCCUCCCUCCCUUACCGGAAAGCCGCCCGAGCUCACCUGAGCAGCAACCAGUGGAUCUGACGCCAGUACUAGCCGUAGAGUCUUGGCCAAAUGCCGAUCUCUCAGACAAUGUCAGCGCUGAUGCGACUGCUCAGAUGCGACAGCGAGAAGACUUGGAAACAUUGCCACCGCUUCCUGAAAGUCGCCCAGGCUCGCCUACUGAGUUGUCAUCUCCCGAGCUUGCUGUGCCAGAGCGUCCUGCGACUGUGGUUGUCCCAAUCGAGCAAGAGGAAGCGCCCGUUUUGGACUUGGAGAGCAUGCCUCCUCUCCCGGCAAGCCAUCCAAGCUCACCCGCCCAUGUGCCAUCAUCCCCGCUCCUUGGUCAAGAGCCCCCGUUGAGUCAGGCACACCCAAUGGUGCAAGAAGUGGAUCGUUCUUUGGAUCUGGAGAAGCUCCCUGCUCUCCCUGACAGUCGACCUGGCUCCCCUACUCUGUUACCGGCCUUCCAACCCAGUCCUGAGCCUAUCUCUGCUACAGAACUUACCUUGGACCUGGAGAAGCUACCUGCCCUCCCGGAAAGUCGCCCUGACUCCCCCACUCAGUUACCGCCGCCUUCGCCUACUUCAAAGUCUCUCCCUGCAACAGCAAGUACCGUUCCCGUCGCGGGAGACGAAUCAGGUGUCGAGCAGCCAGCGGCGAUGGAAGAGCGAGAUUCUGCUGAGUUUUCCUCACACCAGAUACCAUCUGAUCAGCUACCGGCAACUUACGAAGAACUCAAGCACUCCGGAUUCCAAAAGCGGGCAUUGAGUUCCCCGCCACGCCAUAGCCUCGAAAAGGAAGGGGCUCUAGAAGCAGCUGACAAAACCGAACAUACCCUUCUCAGUUCUGCUGCAGCUGCCAGUGCUGCUACGGCUAGCGGCAUUGUGGUGGCACACAUGCGCCACGAAGAGUUUCUUCGGCCUGAGAUGCAUCAUAUGGACUUUGACAACAAGAUGGACAUGCCGAGCCACGAGAGGGCUGAGAGUGUCUAUUCAUUCAAUGAAGAUGCUUCUACUGUGGCCGCCUCCGAGGCACCGACAUUCAUGUCUGGAUCGACAUUCUACGAGACGCAGCAGGAGCCUGUGGAAUCGGUACAGAGACCGGAAGCGCUCAGCUUUCUUUUUGGCAAGAGGGCGCAGAAAGCUUCGGUGCAAGAGGAUGACUCGGCUGCUGUUAGUGAUCGUGCUUCUUCCAAGAAAGGCAAGAACAAGUCAAAGGGCAGUCAGCGCUCAGGAAUCGAAACCGGGGCGCAUCUCGAGCGUGAUCUGGAGCCUGAGACUCAAACCACAGAGGACGCACAAGUCGCGCAGCUUCAAGAGGACCCCAACCGGCCUGCCGCGCAAGCGGAUCAAAAGCCGGAGGAUGCGCUUCCGAAAUUGGAGCGGUCCGGGAGCGUGUCUGCAAAGGGGAAACGGAAAAAGAAGGGUAAGAAGGAGGUCUCUUGGAUCGAUCCUGAGCCUGAGACGACACAAGCACCGAGCCGAGCUGGCGAUGCCCCGUCCGGGCACGCAGUCUCUGACAGCAUGUGGGAAAUCCCAGGGAAUCCCCUCACUGGCCUACCCAUUGCUAAGACGACUACUCCUGUCAUUUCUGAUGUAUCUACUGCCGAGCACGACAUGGCUACGAAUGAAGAAGUUCAAUUACCCACCGCUGAGCAUCCUACUGUUGAUUCGACUGGUUCUGACGCGCAACCUGAAGACCUGGUUAUUGAAGCUCCCGAAACCGCGGCACCCGCAGCCUCCGGCAAGAAAAACAAGGAGAAGGGAAAGACAAAGAAGUCAAGUGCUAGGCGGGAGGAGCCUGGCAUGGGUGCAGAAUUCACUGGGCGCGACUCCAUCGCUGGGGACGUGGCAGAAUCUAGCACGGCGGACAACGAUGCUGAUCUGACACCGGGGCCUUACUUGACUCCACCACUGCAUGCGGCGGCUGCGGAGGCUAGCGGGAUCACGGAGCCACGCGAGUUGCCUGCAGCGGAAGAAGGCUUGGCUAGCGGCGGGGAGCCUGUGCAAGGAAUGCUUGCCGAAUCCGCUGAGGUCACGGCGGCGGCUGAAGUUGACCUGAGCCAGGAGGAGCCCGAUUCUGCUGCAACGGCCGCUUCGCCCAUCACUGCAGAUGUCAGCGUCAAUGUCAAUGCCGAUGCCGAUGCCAAUGUUGAGGAGCAGCGCGGCCAAAAAGGCAGCGAGCACGAGACGAAAAGGAAGGGAAUCAUUGCGUCGAUUGCCGGCGGCUUGGGAUCUUUCCUUGGCAUCGGAAAGCGUGAUUCACUGCGAGAGGAGCAGGAAAGUCAAGAUUCGGCGUCUCGUAAUGCAAACAUGAAGCCGGUGCAGGGCGCUGAAAAUGAAAACACGGCUCCAACGGUGUCCUCGGAACCAGAUGAGGCGGAACCGCGACAGCGGAGCGUGGAGCCGUUGGAGGUGCCCAACCCCCCACCCCAGCCGCCAAUUUUAGGCGACUCCAGCAGCGUGCAUGAACCCACUAUGACGGACAAAUCAGUGGACGACACGGCAAGCAGCACGCUAGACACCGCUGUUUCUCCGCCCAACGAGCAGGCCCCUGCCCCUGACCCUGUCGGCUUGACAACGUCGCGGUCAACGCCCUCGGAUGAUGCGCCCAUUGAGGCCAUUGCUGGCCGCAAGGAUCAGCCACUUGCGACACAAGAAGGUGAACGGCCAGACGAGGUUGCACUUCAAUCACCAGACCAGUACGUGCAGUCUGUCACAGGAUUAGAGGAAACCCCCCAGCAGCAGGAGCAGGAGCAACAGCAACCCCUUGACGCUUCUAUUGUCGAUGUCGCUGGCGAAACAAUCGAUGCCAUGGGAAAGAAGGGCAAGAAGCCGCAGCAGCGUCGGGACACCGCCACCACGACCACAACCAAUGUUGCCCAGGAUGGACCAGCUUCUGAAGUCACGACACCAACAACACUAUUACCAUCAAUCGUUGACAAGGCUGGCGAGCAAGAGACCGGACAUGACUUGCAGCAGCAGAGCACGAGCAAUGACGUGACAGAAGUUGUCCCGUCAGAGGCAGCGUCGGAUGUCUUGUCUGCCGAGCCGGCUUCUGGUAAGAAGAACAAGAAAAAGAAGAAAAAGAAGGGCGGUCAGGACGUUGCGGACAGUCUGGGUGAAGACGGUGCGCAAAAGGAUGUCUUGGAGGCUGUUGAGGAGCCGAAAGCUGAACCCGCUCCGGAGCAGAGUGGCCAGACUAUCUCGGAGCAUCGCGGUGAAGACGUCGCGGAAAAGGUUGUCCCUCAGGCUGUUGAGGAGCCGAAAGUCGAGCCCGACCAGGAGCAGAUACCCCCUGCAGAGCCAGUUCAGAUAGAGCAAGAGGGGACUGAACCGUCACAGGACGUCGCGCAGUCUGGGCCAAGCGAUACUGGGAAAAAGGGCAAGAAAAAGAAGAAGAAGAGCAAGGAAGCAGCCUUGCCAGUUCAGGACCUAACACCGCCUGCCCAGGAGUCUGAGCAGACACCGGCCCCUGUGGAAAAUGAGCCCGAGGAGCCCAAGUCUGUGGCUACGGAGCCCGAAACUCAACAAUCAUCAAGUUCACAACAAGCCGAGGUGAGCGCAGCGGGGGAGGCAGAAGCUGGACUCGAAAUCGACUCGUCGAGCGGGGCCGAGAAGGGAACGGAAGAAACAAAGGAGAUAUCACUUCCUGCUGACCAACCACCAAUUCCUCCUAGCGAACCAGUCGCCCAAGACCAGGAGAGUGACGAUGCGCCCGGGAACGCGCAGAGGAAAAGGGAGAAGAAAAAGAAGCGGCAGACUGUCACGUUUGCAGAACCUCUUGAGGAGCAGUUGGGCUCGUCGCAGCCAAGCAGUCUCAGAGGUGAGGAUAACAAGCAGUUGAGCAACGACUCAAAGGAUACCUCGGAGGGUUCUUCACAAGAAGGUUCAAUGCAGGAGCAGCUUCCACGGCCAGAAGCACAGAUUUUCACCGUCCAGGAAUCUGCCGAACCCCCAGUCACUGUGUCUCUGGAUCAGCCAGCAGAAAAUGAGACUCUUGUCGAACACGCCGCUGAACCGAGCAGCCAGCUAGCAUCUUUGUCUGAUAAGCGUCAACUACAAACUGAGCAGUCUCAAGUGGUUGCGGAUGACAAGUUCCCAAUUGACAACACAUCAGUGGCCGCAGCGGAAGACGUGUCGUCAGUUUCUUCCAACACGUCUAAAGGCGAUGGAAAGAAGCAGCGCAAGAGUCAACAACAACUGGCGACGGAAGCUGGGCCAGUGAGCAUCGAGCCGACGGCGGAGUCUGCCCCCGGUGAGAAAGGUGACGACAGUGUAGCUUCUGGCGCUGCAACCCCACCGGGAAGCACCGACAGCACCACUGAACCAACGACAAGUGGUGCAAUCAGCGCUGAGCCAGAGCCAAUAACAGCCGCAGACCACCAGCCCGGGCGUGCUCAUGAGGAUUCGUUCGCUGGCGCUGUCCAAUCUCAGUCAAAGAAGGACAAGAAAAAGCGCAAGAGCAAAAGUGCUCAAGAUAACCUCAACUUAGAGCUGUCUGCUGAAAAUACCUCUCAGUCAUCGACAUGUCCUGUUGCUGUUGAUGAGACGCAACCCUCGGUGCAGUCAUCUAUACAGCAAGAAAGCGCUGCCCAACUGAUUGAGAGCGAGGCCGUUGUCACUCAGUCGCAAAGAACCGCGGCCGCUGAAACGGGAAACGAAAAGUCAGCAGCGGCGCCAUCGCGAAGUGCGGCACCGGAUGAGACUUAUUCAACCAGCCUGCAGGAGGCUGCUUCGGCCAGCGAUAGUAGUAGCAAGCUCAGCGACACCGAGCCUCAGCCCAGCUCCUCAUCCGAGGAUAUGGCCCGCCAAGCCGAGGAUGCCAGGUCGCCCUACAGCCUCCUCAACAAGAACAAGAAGAAGAGGAAGAAGCCAAAGGCAGACGCAGACCCAUGGCCAACGGCAUCUCCCGAAGUCCUUCGCCCGCAGGAGCUCGACUUCGAGAGCCGCGAGGUAGAGCGCAUGCUCAUCCAGCUCAGCACCGUCGAGGAGGAGACCGAGCCGCCCACUGAGUACGCCGAGAGUGACGGCCGCUCGCUCGUGUCUGAGGCUGACGCCAAGUCUCUGCGCCGGCGCAAGUCUACCGUCUCCGAGUCCGCCCGCACCGUCACCUCCCUCGUGGAUUCUGAAGCCCCUUCCUCCCAGGCCGAUGCCGACGCUGACAGCGGGGAGAGCAGCCGCGCUUACUCGCUCAAGAAGGCGGCCGGCAAGAAGGAGAAGAAAGACAAGAAGAAGCGUCGCCCUUCUGCCUGGGAGGAACCCUGGCCGAGCAGCGAGGCGUCAGGGGCUGAGGAGCUUGCCGAGACGCCUACUCAGGCGACGUUCAAGGCCUCUGAGGAGUCUCUUGCGGGGUCUGAAGCUAUUGGGGAAAGCAAGGCGGCUGGAGAGAGUGAUCAGGUUGUUCAAGAAGUGCCCUUGGUCGAGGAACUCCAAAUUAGCAAAGAGGAGCCUUCCCAGAAUGAUGUGCAAUUGAUGCCAGAGACGAUUUCUGAACCGGUUUCUGAGGCCAAGCCGGUCGCUGAAGAUGCCGUUGCUGCACCGGCCACACUGGAGCACGCCAGCCUCGCCCCCGCCCAGGAAACCGAACCCCUUCAGGAGUCGGAGAACUCGUCGCAACAGCAAGAGCCGGAGGAGAAGCAGGCUGAGACGGAGAUAAACGUCGAAAACAUCAGGGAGGACGAAGUAAUGAAGCAUGCAUCUGAACCUGAGGCAAUCGAGCCCGCGCCCGAGCCGGAGGUUGCGCCGGUGCCAGCAUCAGGGCAAAUUGCAGACGAGCCAGCUCCUUCCCCGGCCGAAAGCGCCCCCGCUGAGCCCGCUGUCGAGCAACCGAGCGAGCAGCCAGCAGAAGAACCUUCUCUUGAAGCCGUCACCACUAAGAAAUCCAAAAAGGACAAGAGAAAGGCCAAGAAAGCGGCCAAGGAGCAGAGCGAAUCUAGUUCUCAGCCUGAUGCUGCUGAAGAAAAGCCUGCGGCGCUUGAGGUACCUGCAUCUGAGGAUGCUGCCAAUGCUGAGGAGCCUGUUUCUGCUGAAGCACGCGCCCCUGUUGAAGAGAUCGCCACGGCUGAACCCGCUUCUGUCGAGUCCGCUCCUGUUGUAGAGUCUCUGCCUGUGGAAGAACCUGCUCCAGAGGAACCGAUUGUCACCGUUCAACAGCCCGAGGAGCCGGCGCCAGCAGAAACACUGGAAGAGCCCAGCAAGCCCGCUGAUCUCAACAGCAGUCCCAAGGUUGACGUCCGAGGAGAAGCUUCUGUCAAGACUGAGGCUGAGGCUGAAGAGAUCCCUCUCAGUCGCAAAAAGUCGAAGAAGAAGGGCAAGAAGAAGGAGGUCAUUUCACUAGAGCCCGAGCCGGCAUUUGGAACUGAGAACCCUGCUGUCGAACCGUCCAAUGUCUCUACACCUGCUGAGAAUCAGGCGUCUGCAGAGCAGGCAGCUGCCACUCUUGAGCCUUCCUCGGAUGUUGGAUUGCCAGGUGCCGAAUCGAGGGAUGUCGAUCAACCCAAACCCGGACCCUCUUCUGACGUAGUAUCUCCCGCUAUCGACAAAGUCACCAGUGAAGCUCCUCCCACCGAGACCAAGGAGCCAGAACCGGCGCAGGAGGUCCCAGAGCAUACGGUUGAAGGUCUCCAGGAGCCUACAGAGACCGAGGUUCACACCCCAGCUGAAACCCCCUUCGAUCUGCCCACCAAAGCCAAGAAGAACAAGAAAAAGAAGGGAAAGGGCUCCAAGACCACCUCCGACUCCGAGCCAGCGUCUAGUGUCGCCUCUCCGGUGAUCGAAGAGCUACCUCCGACCGCCGAGCCUGCACCAGAAGUGUAUCAACCCGUUCAGGCAUCUGAGCCGGUCUUCGUCGAGAACAGUCCUGUCCAGCAAGCACAAGAGCAUCAGCCGGAGAUAGGACAAGAGGUCCCGACUGAGAAGGCACAGGAUGUCCCGGCCAAGAAGGGAAAGAAGGACAAGAAAAAGAAGAAAGGCAAAGGCGUCAAGGUUGAUGAAGCUGAGCCUGCUUCUUCUGGUGUGGCGACGCCGGUGGAGGAUGCCGCUCCUGUGGUUGAAGAGCCCGCCCCUGCUGUCGAAGGACCUGGGUCUGCCAUUGAGGAAUCUGCUCCUGCUGUCGAAGAAACCGCUCCUGCUGUCGAAGAACCCGCUCCUGCUGUCGAAGAACCCGCUCCUGCUGUCGAAGAACCCGCUCCUGCUGUCGAAGAACCCGCUCCUGCU